CUCCUGUCUCUCCCCCUUCCUCCGGUCGGGUUUUUCCGCCUGUCUCUCCUCCCUCCACCGGUCUGGUCCUCCCUCCUGUCUCUCCCCCUUCCUCCGGUCGGGUUUUUCCGCCUGUCUCUCCUCCCUCCACCGGUCUGGUCCUCCUCUGCAGGCCUGCCGCUCUCUGCAGCAGAGAGGGACCGCGUGACGUCAGAAGCGGCUACAGCGGCUCGUUGAUUGGAGCAGAGAAAAACGGGGAGAAGGUUGUGAGGACCUCGGGAGAAGCAGCUAUGGCAGAAGAUCCCCUCUCCUCCUCAUACUACCACACUUGUCCUGUUCCAGCCAUAACAGGAUCCAACAGGUGUUUGACCACUGUGCCCUCAUACUGGCGCUGCGGCCGUGCUGCGUGAGCGCCCCCUCUCCUCCGGCGGUUGCUGCACGGAAUGGCCUCUCUGGACCUGCCCUACCGCUGUCCUCGCUGCGGGGAGCACAAGCGCUUCCGAAGCCUGUCAUCCUUACGCGCCCAUCUGGAGUAUAACCACACGUAUGAGACCCUCUACGUCCUCUCCAAGUCCAACAGUGUGUGCGACGCUGCUGCUCUGCUGCCCCUAGUGGCCGAGGGAGCUCUCCUCACGCCCGCCAACAACAACGACCCUUUUGAGCCGCUUCGCCCUUCAGCUCUAAACGAGCGGCGCUUUCCCUGCCGGGAGCUUCCUUGUCCAGACGACCUGAGUUUGGCCCCGGCUAACUCCAACUCAGCAGCCAGGUGUAUUCCAAAUGUGGAGUUCCCCUUGGGGGAGCUUUUUAUGAAGAAAGCAAUGGCAUCCACGGAUCCCCAUGGAAGCCCCAACACAGCUGUAGCUGUGGCAGCUAAUGUGGCAGCUAGUGCUGUGGAGGCAGCCUAUGAGGAGGGCCUGGCUAGGCUGAAAGCGCGGGCGUUUGAACGGCUGGAGCUGGAUGAGAGGCUGGAGAAACUGUCUGAGGAGGUGGAGCAGAAAAUAGCGGCCCGUGUAGGUCGUCUCCAGGCGGAGCUGGAGAGGAAGAGCUCUGAGCUGGAGCGGGCCAAGCUGGAGAGUGAGCGGCUGAGCCAGGAGAAACAAGACCUGGAGGACAAGGCCUCUGAGCUUUCUCGACAGGUGGACGUCUCUGUGGAAAUGCUAGCUAGCCUGAAGCAGGACCUGGUGAACAAGGAGACAGAGCUGAGCCACAAGCAGCAAGAGGUUUCCCAGAUUGACCAGUUCCUUCAGGAAACGGCAGCCCGUGAAGCCAACGCCAAAGUGCGUCUGCAGCAGUUCAUCGAGGAGCUUCUGGACCGAGCCGACCGUGCCGAGAAGCAGCUGCAGAUCAUCAGCAGCUGUGGCACCACGCCAAACGGCAGCCUGGGACGCUGCAGCCUGCAGGCCUCAAAGGGAACCGGACGUCAGAGAAAUUCCAGCCUUUCUGGAAGCACAAGAGGAAUGUACCAAGUGUCAGAGCGACGUUCCUCCCCAAGCACAGGAGCUUCAGGACGGGUGAAGUCUGUCUCACAGGGCUCUGGAGGCUACGACAGUGACAGUGUGGAGAUGCAUCCCAUGGAAGAGUGUCCUGAGGCGCAGUACUAUCACAUGCAGUGUCGCAUGGGCGAAGGGGGUUAUGAGCGCUCCCCGGGAUGCGGGUCCAGAAACUGGGGGCUUCGUAAGCAGGCCAUUCAAAACUGGCAGCGGCGACCUUACAGAAACAGCACCGAAGGAGAGGAGGGAGACGUGUCCGAUGUGGGAUCUCGGACCACGGAGUCCGAAGUGGAGAUGUGGGAUCAAGAGAGGAGAUCUGUGGCAGAAAUUCAGCAGUCUGCAGCACCUUAUCCUUACCACGGGAGAGCAGCGUACCGCCCUAAUGCAGGUCGAUCUGAACCGAUCUACAGCAAGCCAUGUCGCCAUGAAAAGAGCCCGUCCAAAUCCAGCGAGGUGAUCAGUCCGGAGGUCCUCAAGAUGCGCGCCGCCCUCUUCUGCAUUUUCACCUACCUGGACACCAAAACCCUGCUGAGAACCGCCGAGGUUUGUCGCAACUGGAGAUUUGUGGCUCGUCACCCGGCCGUGUGGACCAGAGUGCUGCUAGAAAACGCUCGCAUUUCUUCCAAGUUCCUGAGCACAUUGUCUCAGUGGUGUACUCAGACCCAUUCUCUCAUCCUGCAAAACCUUAAACCGCGACAGCGAGGCAAGAAGGAAACCAAGGAGGAUUACCUUAAAAGCACACGUGGCUGCCUUGAGGAAGGUUUGGAGGCAUUGCUAAAGGCCACAGGAAGCAACCUGCUGAUAUUAAAGAUCUCACACUGCCCCAACCUGCUGACCGAUCGCUCCCUGUGGCUGGCCAGCUGCUACUGCCGCGCCCUCCAGGCUGUCACCUACAGGAGCGCAACAGAUCCAGUUGGCCAAGAGGUGAUCUGGGCCCUCGGGGCGGGGUGUCGAGACAUUAUUUCUCUUCAGGUGGCCCCCCUACACCCAUGCCAACAACCUGCCCGCUUCAGUAAUCGGUGUCUGCAGACUAUUGGACGAUGCUGGCCCCACCUCCGUGCGCUGGGCGUGGGUGGAGCUGGAUGUGGGAUUCAGGGGCUGGCCUCACUGGCGAGGAACUGCAUGCGUCUGCAGGUGUUAGAGCUGGACCAUGUGAGUGAGAUCAACCAGGAGGUGGCAGCAGAGGUUUGCAGAGAAGGUCUGAAGGGUUUGGAGAUGCUGGUGCUCACUUCCACGCCAGUCACCCCCAAAGCUCUGCUCCACUUCAACAGUGUUUGCCGUAACCUGAAGUCCAUUGUGGUUCAGAUUGGUAUAGACGACUAUUUCGAGGAUCCCAGUAGUCCAGAAGCUAGAAAGCUGUUUGACGAGAUGGUUAACAAGCUACAGGCUCUAAAGAAGAGGCCUGGCUUCUCUAAAAUCCUGCAUGUGAAAGCAGACAGCCUCUGCUAACAUCGUUUGUGCAGCCUCUCCAUGGAGGUGCCGUCGUAGCUGGAGUCGGUCAGAAGGACACGGCUGGUUUGAGUCGGCUCCAGGGGCGUCUGUCGCAUCUAAAAUAAGACAAGGUCAUAAAAUAAUUAGAAAAACAAAUGUUGGGACCAUCGGACCGACAGUGGCACUUUUUUAAAAAAGGAAACCAGAUGAAAAAGUAAAAAGGACGUCUGUUCGAUUCAUUUUGUUUUUUCAAACUCAAAAGUGGGUUUAGUCAGAGACGGAUCCAUUUCUUGAGACACAUUUUGAGCCUGUUGACUGAGCUGAGUUAUUAUUUUUUGUCCAUGAUGACUGAGACCAAUGGCUCACUGACGGGAACGUGUAAUAACUUUCUACAGAUGCACAGAAAACAUUUGUUUCUCAAGGGUAACAAAUAACCCAGCCUGUCCUGCACUGCUGUACCCUGAGACCGGACUAAAAAACGAUUUAAGAACCAUUACUGCUUCCACGCAGAAGUGAAAUCUGCUGCACUGAGGCGCGAGUGACAACGUCAUGCUGAAACACACGGGCCUCGUCUUCUGGGUGUCACGCGGCAGCGGCACGUCUCACCUCCGAUACCGUCCUCCGCUUUCUCCCGCAAACGUCUGGAACCAGUGUUUUUGAUCUUUAUGGCAUCUCAUUUGUUUUCAGAGGACAGUAUCUGACGUCACUGGUGCUGUUUGUAUGGAACGUGAGAAUGAAAGCGUUUCCUCCGAUGUGCCAUUUAACCAGGAAGAGCAGGUUAAGUCAGGAUCCUUUUAGCAGCUCCAACUGAACAAAAAGGGCGCGCUUCAUAUAAAACAACGUCUCCAGGUGCAUACAGAUGUUGUAGUGUUUGUUUCCAUAUGGAACAGUGCCAUUCCUAUUAACAGGGCUACGCUCUUGAUUUAUACUCAUCAGCUGAUGUAUUUUGGUUUUUUUCUGCUGAUGUGACAUUGGCUCGCUUUACAAGUCCGCAGCCUUCCCUUCACAUUAGAGGAAAGUAGAUUUGGCCCCGGUGUGUUACUAAAAUCCGCAAUAUGCCCGCUAAUGUGACACUUAAAGGACUUGUGAGUCGUGCAGAGCUGCUCAGCUCGUCCUGUAGCUUUGGAGGACGUUUACUUGUGUCUGGGUUAGAAUCUGUUGAGAAACUGUUUCUCAGCGCCGACAGAUGAAACACAGAGCAGGAACAUUGUGCGUUACAGGUGCGUGUUUACCAGGCAUCUGCGGCCUGAAAAACACAGAGAUCCCAGAUCAAAAUCUUUAUUUUUAUCAUAGAGAUAAGGGACCCAAACUCUCUGACUCCUGUCGUUCCUGCGCAUUAAAGUAGUCUCCCCUAUUUAUGAAAGUGCAAUAAAAAUAAAGCGCAUAGCUUGGUAAAAGGUUUAUAGAUAAUAUAUGAGCUAUACUUAAUGACAUAAAUUAAUAACAUAUGGAAUAUGGAGUAUUCCUUAAAGGAAUUUAAAUCAUUUGUCUCAAGAAUUUUAAAAUGAGACCAUCUUAUGAGGAGAAAUGAUGGAUUUAUUGUAAGGUUAGUCAACACUUGAAAAUCCCAUUAUGUGAAAUCUUAAAGUAUCUUUCCGGAGUAUUUCUCUUAUCCGAUGGCACCAUCUGACAAGCAUAUCACACAAAUCAUCUCUGGAUUCGUUUUUUUUUUUCAAGAUGGCGACUUCACAUUUCUUUGUUUAUAAAUGUACUUCUGUAGCCAACAAACAGCUAAAACACGAGUAUUAUUCUCAUUUCAUGUUGUGUUUUCAUAUAUUUAUAUUUUAGAGACUUACCUGUGCAUGAAAAGUUCAUCAACUCUGCAUUAAGCACUACCGCUACUGGUCAGUUCUGGUUGGCGCUCAGUUUUCUAUUGCACAGAGCUCUGCAGGGCAGGGGGCGUGCUCAGGAAAAAAACAAAAAAAAAGACGUAUCACUUAUAUUAAAUAUAACGUCAUCACUUUUACGGAUGUCUGAAAAAUCAUAGAUAAUUUUUGAAAGCGGAAAACUCCAGAAAGCUACUUUAAUAUAGGGUCUGGCUCAAUUUGGUUUCCUUCUCUUUAGAGCAAGCUUCCCCACACUCUAAAAAAUGAAAUGUUGAAAUAACUUAAUAAAGUUAUGUCACCUGGUUCCACUAAGCCUGGUUGCUUAUAGAUGGAGAACGCUCAGACCAGAAAAAGCCACUCAGGUCUGUCACACUGCAAAUUAACAUUCAACGACUCAUCCAUCUUGACUGGCAACGGGAAAGGCUGUUGCUGAUGAAGCAUCCAGGAAACAGCAGAGCACGUCUCGUGUUAGUAGAAGCUAACUGUUAGCAUCAGCACCUCCACAACAUGGCGGAACUCCUUCAGGCUUGUGUUAUGUAUGCAGAAAAAAACAUAAAAGUUGCAAAGCAAAAGGAGUCAGUGGUAGAGGUGUAUCGCUGUUAGCCAAUCAGAGGCGAGAUGCCCGAAUAUCAGGAAGUAAGACUCCAAAACCUGCCGUCUUCUGCUCACCGUUCUUCCGGCUAACUUCUAGCUCCUGAAACAGGAGCACCAGAGCUAUUUUUUCUAGGAGAAUGACUCACAAGGCAAUAAUUCAUACUAGAGACAGCUGCAAAUUUAUUGAAAUACCAAUUAAACAAGAAAUGUACAUGUAAAUGGUAAUAUACAUUACAUUUAUACAUUGUUAUGGUAAAAGUAAAUUUAUAUUACUUAAGCAAUUAGAUUUAGUGGUGCCCGUUGACAUAACUUGGUUAAGUUAAUUCGACAUUGACUGCAAUUUCCCAGUCUGGGAUCAAUAAAGUGAGAAGUUUUUUUUUGUUGAGAAGUUUAAUGAGAAAUUAAAUGAGAAAUUAAAAUCAAUAGUACGAUAAAAUAGUACAACAAAAAACAUUUGCAGGUUUACAAGCAAACACACAACUUACACAAUUCUAAGAAUGGGUGCCGGCAUAAGCUUAUAAGCCCAACCCCCCAAACCCUUUGAACUUAAACAAACUUUUAGAAUGGCAUACCAAUUCCAUAAUUUUUACAUCAUAUCUGAAAUGUAUGGGAAUAUAUUCAAAUCCCCAUUCUUGCUUUCUAAAAAAUAAUGACCUUUAAUAUUUUAUGCAUUUUUUCAUUGACUUGAUUCAUAAUAUUCAAUCACAUUUGAUUUAAACCUACCCUUAAACUUUACCAUUGUUGAACAAUCUUUUUGCUCCUGGUCUAAUUUAUUCCACACAUCAACCCCAACACAAGAAAUACAAAGUAGUUUCAUCUAUCUAUAAUCUGCACACUUUAUCUCAAAGCAACCCCCUUAUGAUUUAUUUUUUGUAUUUUUUUGUGAUUUUAUUACAUCGGAUGAGGUACAAGAGAGGAGCAUAACUGAAAAAAAAUGAAUGUUUCCUUUAUAAGAUGAGAGUUGUGAACCUCCAUUUCUCCAGGUUCUUCCUUGACCCGCUGAAGGAAUUGAGUUUAAGGUGAAGGAGGUUAACAGACACACACACACACACACACACACACACACACACACACACACACACACACACACACACACACACACACACACACACACACACACUGUUGAGACAUACACAAAACACUUACUGAUUUUGAGUUUCAGACAAUCCUGCGUUCGUUAUCAGCUACUCUGUACAUAAUAUUUGUAGAAAACCAAAAGAAAAACAGACCAACGUUUGAUGUUGAUAUGAUAUAUUAAGGUCAUAAGUCUGACGUUUACAGAUCUUCUCUCUGUAAGGACUUUUUCUCUCUGAAUGAAAGAUAAACAUAUUAAAGUUUAUUAUGUAUAACAGUAGUGUUGACAUUGAAGUUGUGUACUAGAUACUUUAUAUUAAAUGUGCAUCAGAUUCAUAUAGACGGAGAUUAUUUAAGAAGAGUAUACAGAUGAUAAUUCAGUUAUUUAUUUCUAUAAAAAAAUGAGCGCUGUGUAAAACGUUGGCAUGUUUGUGUUCAUGCAUCAAUCAUUGAGUUGCCUUCUUUAGCUGUUCUGCUACUGUGGCGAGAAAAUGAUUAAAUGUUUAUAAAGAGCUUUGAUUGCCUGCAGGUUAGUAAUCUUCAUUUGAUCCUGUCUGUUGUUGCACUAUAGAGAAAAAAAGGUCAUUCAGAUGUUUAUUAUAAGGUGUUGUUUUUAAUGUUUCUCUGUAUUUGAAAAGAAAAAAUAUGAUGCACUUUUUUGUUUCUCAAACAUUUUUCUGGACCCUGCGGUCUUCGGUGUAGGCAGAUGAUCCUGGGAUGCCUGCUGCUUGGUGUGGACCUUCCAUGUUGGAUCCCCCAGGAAAUAAAGACUCUGGAGAUGAUUCCUGCAUAUUUCUGUAUCAGCAAACAGACGUGCAGUUUGUCCUGAUCCUUGCAACGUCGUUCAUUCAGUGCCAUAGUUCUGUUUUGGGCAGAAAGUUAAGGAGGAAAGCUGGUCAACUACAUUCAAGUGCUUUUUAGGAUAGGAGCUCAUGUUUUGGUUUUGUUGUUCAUUUUGCGUAGAUUUUCACCUGUUUUGUUGUGUGAAAUGACUUGUUUUUGCUCUGAAUCAGCAGACUGGAGGUGGAAUAACUAUUCAAACGUCCACUCAACUCAUUUAAAAUCUUAUAUUAAAGGUUCUUCUUCAUAAUUACAUGUUUUUAAUUCAAGUGACUUCUGAUACAUUUCAUUAUGUGCAAUAGAAAAACCGAGCAAGAGCUGAAAAGACGUGUGUUUUAUGUCUGAAUGAUUGUAAUCUGCCCAUUUAUCUAAAGAGCGUGUUACUCAUUACCUCAACACUUAACAGGGCAAUUAAGUGCGUAAUUUUAUUUCCAAGUUAUUAUUUUUGACUGCCAUGGACAUUAACUUCAUCUGAAUUUCUUUCUGUGACAAAAUCAGAUCCUUUGGGAUGAAAAGUGCUUUCCCAAAACGAGCAAUCAGCCUUCUUUGAUGACUGUAUUCGAUGGAUUUUCAUUCAUUUGAUGUCAUCAAUAAAUCAUGCUUUAAAUUGU